AUUCACUCAUUUUAUUUUUAUAAUUUCUAUUAUAUUUUGUAUUAUCUUUUUUUUUAAAAAAAAUUAAUAUCCAACAUAUGCCCAGGCUCUUCUCGUCCCCCCCAACCCAAGGUCUCUUCUCAACACAAGGGCUAUUGCUUUGCUUCUUUCGUGGUCUAAGAUACCUGAUAACCAAAAUGGGCUCACGGGGAACCGCUGUCGCGCUAUCGAGGGCUAGUAGAAUCAGGCAAAAGCUGCAGGCCGCAUUGGAAGCCAGUGUGCUGGAAGUAGAGGAUGUUUCGUAUCAGCAUUCCGGGCACGCAGGUGUUAAGGGGGUGGACGCAAACGAGACCCAUUUCAACAUCAAGGUUGUUUCAGCGAAAUUCGACGGGCAAAGCCUCUUGAAACGCCACCGGAUGGUGUACGAUCUUUUGGGCGAUGAGCUGAAAUCUGGACUCCAUGCCAUUUCCAUCGUUGCGAGAACUCCGCAGGAGUCGGCGCCAUCAAAUGCCUAAGAACAUGGGUUCUGGCUUGUGACCUGAACUAUUUUUAUCUUUCGAGAUGAUGCUUCUCGCAGUCAUAAGUUGUAUGUGCCACAGAAACUGCUGUUUUUGGCUACACAUUAAUCUUCAUGAUAGAAAACUUCGCUUUUCUUUUCUGAUAGUCUCACUGUUUGUUUGCUGAUUGGAGUAAUCUGACAUGAAGGUAAACAUUUUGUCC